AUGGACGUCAAACACAACAUUGAUGUGGCCCUUUAUGAAAUUGAGUUUGACACCACAUUAUUCCCUUUGGGAGAAAUUUAUUUGGCACUCAUCGUUUUUGGUACUCCUCGUGGCCCCCAGAACCGAUUAACGAUGAAUACCGAGCCUCCAAUCUGCCUGGAAAGUCCAGUUGAUGGUCCAGAAGUGAUGAGUAACUGUGACGAGGAAGUCGCCGGGCUGCCCCAUAUGGAGGAGUGCCAAAAAUCAAGGAGCCCGUCCUUAAACCAGGAUGCCCAGGAUGCCGACAAAUACCAGGAUGAAGAUCUCCUGAUUGAGGAUGAUAUUUAUUGCUGCUGUUUACUGAAGACCUUGUGCCACACUUCCACGCCAGCCACCAUAGGCUUAUAUUCACCAUACAAGACACAUACUCACUACCUAAUGAAGCAGAUUGCAGGACUCAUGCGUGAAGUAUCCAGAGAAAGGCAAAAGUCCAGACUCCGACGUGGGAUGAGCUACCUUUCCCUCCUCUGGUACAUCAUGUUCUACACACCGGUAGUCAGCAAGGUGCAGCCCUUAAGAAAAAUCAUCAAGUUCCUCUACAUAAAAUUCAGUGCAUGGGAGCAUGCCUGCAGCAACCAGUUGUGGGCAGGGUUGGUUACCACUCUGUGUGACCAUAUCCGCCACCACUUCGGUCCUCUUCCCCUAAGUUUAUACUACGUGGUGGGAAGCCGUCGGCAAUUCGCCUCAGAAUCCACCCAAGAUAAGUGGAGGCUUAAAAGGAAAAUGUGUUGUAUCACUGGAGGACUUGUCAUGAUCACUUUGCUAGCUGGCGCAGGCCUGGCUGCUGCCGCCUUCCUCGUGCCAGGGAUAAGGGAUGGCACACUCUUGAAGUACCUUGGCAGCGGAAUUGCUGCCAUCUUGGGCUCAGGCCUCGUUAUCGCCAUCGCUCCUGUGAUUAAGCACUUGAUCAUCAGCCAGAAGAAGAAGAUCGAGAGCAUGACCAGGGAUGAGAAGUUCACCAGCCAGCUGGGCUUCAUGAGUACCGUGAAGAGCGAGAUCGAGGUCCUCACCAGCUUUAUCUACUACAUGGAGAUCUUCAAAGAUCGGCGAUUGAGGGUUGUCUUUGAGAUUACAGGUUUAGAUAUAUGCCACCCUGAACAGGUGGUUGGGGUGUUGAACGCCAUCAACAUUCUCCUUUCCUACAGGGACGCCCCCUUCAUCUUCAUCCUGGCGGUUGAUCCCUGCGUCCUCGUUUCUUGCAUGGAGCAGGCUAGCAGCAUGAAGGGAAUGGUGGACAACGGCUACCUGUACCUCAACCGCACCGUGACGCUUCCCUUCUCCAUCCCGGGAAUCACCAUCAACUCCAAGUUGCAUUCUUUGAAGAAGAUCUUGAAGAAGCAUGAAGCUCUCCUGAAUAACAUGGACCCAGGUAUGAACGAUGAAGAAGUGUGGUACAUGGCGAAGGAAGUCGAGAGCCAAGGUGGCGCAGUGAUCAAUGCUGUGGAAAAGAUCCAGGAAGCUUUUCACUGCUUGCAUAAUAAAGAAAAUUGCCUCUAUCGUUAUGUCCCAGAUGUCAUUAUCCAGAUGAGGAGGAUCGUCAACACCAUCCCCAUUAUGAUCAGGCUGAUGACUCAACAGCCCAAGGUCAGGUGCAACCUGCGUCUCUGUGAAGUGGCCGGUUGGGUGAUGUUGGCCAACCAAUGGCCAUGUCGCUUGAGUUGGAUCCUCCACUGCAUGGAAGAGAAGCUGCAGGACCAUCCGCCUGAUGAUUAUGAGAAGAAGUUGAUGUGGGACGUCUUCGAGGAGACGUCUCAUGAGCUGUUCUCCAAGCACAAGGAACUCCAGAACAUCAUGGCCUUGGAUGGCGACCCAAAACUUUUUGAGAAAUUCUUGUCCAAAGAUUUCCGCUUCACUGUUCAAGAAGGGAAGGAAUUCCAGAAGCACACUGUGAACUUAGACCAUUCCAUAAGAUAUAAGAUGGGACAGCUGAAGGCUCUGGAGAAGUACAGCAAAAGUGGAACAAAAUCAGAGGAGAAGGCUUAG